UCGGCUAAGGUGAUUUUUGAUUGUUGACAGUCAUUUUACAAAAGAUUGGUCUGCGUAAGGUGAUUGUCAAAUUUGAUAGUCAAAUUUUUUUGACUUUUUCGUGUGACAGCUAUUUUGUUGUCAUUUUCAUGUAAAAGCGUUUCAUGUUUUCUUUGAUUGUCUAGAAAAAUGAAUUUUUUUGUGCCUGUGGAACUGUUUUUACGGAGAGAAAAUGAAGAAAAUGAAAAUUAUAAUUAUAACCGCAACGUCCGACUCUUGAGGAUAAAUUUAAGAAAUAAACUAAAUAUAUUGGAAUUACCAAACUCAAAGUUCUUAAAAAACUUUCGAGUUACAAAAGAAACGUUUCUUUCCAUUCUUGACCUUCUGGAACUGCCAGUUGGAGUUCGUUCCACCCAUAUUCCUCCUAUUCUCCAAUUGGCAGUGACAUUAAAUUUUCUUGGUGGUGGUGCUUAUCAACGGCAAGUUGGUGCAGACUGGUCAGCGCCAAUGGGGCAAAGCACUGUGUGUGAAGUGAUAACAUCAACUUUAAGAAAAAUGGAAACAAAAUUGUGUCCAUCAAAAAUAAAAUUUUCACCAACAGCAAUGGAAGGUACCAAAAGAUACUUCUAUGAGAAAUAUCGCAUACCAGGAGUAAUCGGGUGCAUAGAUGGUUCACAUAUAAUGUUACUUCGCCCAUCUGAAAAUGAGCAUAUCUUUUUCAACAGAAAGGGGAGGCAUAGCAUAAAUGCUAUGAUUAUCUGUGACGAAAACACGAAAAUUUUAGCUAUUAACUCCAAAUACGGUGGAAGUGCCCAUGACAGCUUUGUCUGGAGGCAGAGUGCUCAGAGGGAAAAGAUGAAUACCGACUAUUGCGCUGGUAGUUCCUCGACAUGGCUUCUCGGUGACAGCGGCUAUCCACUGGAACCGUUUUUAUUAACACCCUACCGAAGUGCAGCCGAAAAUUCGCCAGAUGCAUGGUUCAACCACGUACACUCUCAGGCUAGGAGCACUGUUGAACGAUGUAUUGGUGUAAUGAAGACUCGAUGGAGGUGCAUUUUAGAAGAAAGAAAGUUGAGGUACUCCCCUAAACGAUCGGCUACAAUUGUUAACGUUUGUGCAGCUUUACACAAUAUUUGUUGUGAGCAAAGGGUACCACUACCAGACGAAGUAAGAAGAGUUUCUUCAUCCGAUAGUUUAAACAAUCGCCAACCUGAAAAUAGCAGCAAUGAUGGAAUGCGAAUUCGCAACAGAAUAAGAGAUGAUCUUUGGGCUAACCGUACAAGGCAUUAA